AUGUCUUUCCAAUUACAGAAUUCGGAGGUGCUAGCUAGGCUAAAACCUUUCGGAAUCUCCUUCGAAAAGUCACUAAGUGAUCUUAUCAAAGGAAUCCGUUCAACCUCCAAAGAUUCACCCGAAUCUCUAUCAGCAUAUCUCAACUCAGUCAUUCUAGAGUGUAAGAAUGAACUACAAACGACAGAUAUUGAGACAAAGGCGUCUGCCAUUUUGAAACUCACCUAUUUGGAAAUGUACGGAUUUGAUAUGUCUUGGAGUAACUUUCAAAUCUUGGAAGUAAUGUCCUCCAAUAAGUUCCAACAGAAGCGUAUAGGAUAUUUGGCAGCUAUACAGUCGUUUAAAAACGAACAAGAUUUGUUGAUCUUAGCGACGAAUCAAUUCAAAAAGGAUCUUAACUCUACCAACCACAUUGAAAUCGGGUUGGCUUUGAGCGGUAUUGCUACGAUCGUCACUCCUAACUUGUCGAAAGACAUCAACGACGAUGUUGUGAUUAAAUUGAGCCAUUCUAGUCCAUAUAUAAGAAAGAAAGCAAUUCUAGCCAUGUUUAAGAUCUUUUUACAAUAUCCCGAGAGUUUGAAAAUGAAUUUCGAUAAGGUGAUUGACAAAUUGGAUGAUCCUGACCUUGCCGUGGUGAGUGCUACCAUCAAUGUUAUUUGCGAGAUUUCAAAGAAGCAACCUAAAAUUUUCAUCAAUUAUCUUCCGAAGUUCUUUGCUAUCCUUCAAGAUUCAAAGAACAAUUGGUUAAUCAUCAGAAUCUUGAAGCUUUUCCAGAGUCUAUCGAAGGUAGAGCCUAGAAUCAAAAAGAAGAUCAUUCCAAUCAUCCUUGAUUUGAUGACUAAAACAAAAGCAUCAUCUUUGAUCUAUGAAUGCAUCAACUGUAUCUCGAACGGUUCGAUGCUAGACCCUGGUAGCAGCAAGGACAAGGAUACUGCUAAAUUUUGCAUUUCAAAGUUGAUGGAAUUUUUUAAAACAAACGAUUCAAACUUGAAGUUUGUAGGUCUCAUUGCAUUGAUCAACUUGGUUAAAAUUUUCCCCACAUUCAUCAAAUCAAUUAAUGGCGUCAGUGCUGUGAUAAUGGACUGUUUGAAUGAUAACGAUUUGAUCAUUAAGAGGAAGGCUCUAGGAAUAUGUCACUUCUUAGUCGACGAGAACAAUUUGGUCGAGGUUGUUAAAGUAUUAUUGGUCCAACUUAUCCCAGCUGAGAAUUAUUCUUUAAGCGAGACAUUGCAGGAAGAAAUAGUAUCUAAGAUUCUUGAAAUCAGCAACCAGAACAACUAUGAUUUGAUACCUAACUUCAAAUGGUAUAUUGCAGUAUUAAGGGAUGUGAUGAACUUAACUUUACUUGGAAACUCAAAUAGAAUUAUAAGCGGAUCGAUUUUACCCGUUGCCGAUUACUCCACUAGUGGAUCAUCCAAGAUUUCUACCCAGAUUGGUCAAGAGUUUAAAAAUCUUGCAACAAAAGUUCCUUCCGUACGUUCUUCGGUGAUUAAUUCGUUCAUCUUUACUUAUAUACAAGAUAUUCGUAUUCUUGAAAAUUGCUCACCAUUGCUCAAGGAUUUUUAUUGGAUCUUAGGAGAAUAUAUCGAUGAAAUCAAAGUUGAUGGUUACGAAGAAGAUGUUGAAGAAGACGAUGAAAGUAUAGAACAUGUCAAUGUUGAUGAUUCUCAACUUAGUUUAGGUAAAAAGAUCGAGAUCCUUAACACCAUUGUUAACGUGAAGGUUGACCAGGCAUUGGGGUUGGCAAAUGGGAGGUUCUUGAUUUCCAAAAAGUUGUUAACUUUGGAUAAUCCUGAAGUAUUGAUUGUUUUGGUGCAAGCCUUAGUCAAGGUUUUGAACAGUAUUUUUUCAGAUUUGAUUAAGUUCUAUUCACUUGACGGGAAAACUCUUGACGCAGAACACUUCAAUCAGCUUACAUAUUAUUUGUAUAAGGUCAUUGAGUUUUUGGGUGCUUUGGAAAAUCAUACAAACUAUGAGGUCCAAGAGAGAUCAUUAAGUUGGUUGGAAUUCUUGAAGCUUUUAUUGGAAGCAUUAACGAAUGGGGAUUUAGAACAGGUAGUGAAGUUGAGAAACGAGGAAGUGGAGUAUUAUAAGAGCUUAGCAGCUAAAGAAAGAACAAGAGUUCGCGAUGUUCUGGAAAGUGAGGAAGAACUGGAAGAACUGGAAGAAGAUGACGAAGAAGAUGAAGACGAAGAAGAGGAUGAAUAUGAGGAUUUGGAUUCAAGCGAUGAAGAAGAAGCUCAAGAGGAAGACCAUGCUGAGAAAUCUGAGGUAGACAGACCUUUGAUAAGUCUUGAAGCAGACCUAGAACUUAAAGCCAACCCAUUUUCAGAGGAUAUCAAAGAAUCCUUGUUGGAGUCUAAUGGUGUGGAAAACAAGGCCUUAGAUAGUCUGAACAAAGAACUUCCAAUUUUGCUUACUCAUAUUCUUCCCUCAUUCUUCAAGUCAUACCAAUUGAACCCCAUUGAAAAGAAUGCACAGAGAAAGAUUGCCAUUCCGGCUAAUUUAGAUCUUGUUACCCAAAUCAAUACACCUCCAGCUCAAGAUGCAAGUGACUCAGAAGAUUUUGAAGACGAUUAUGACUUGUUCUUGUCGGAUCAGGAGACAAAUGUUGACAAAACCUUGUCAUCUGUGCACACCAGUGACGGAGAGGAAGAUUAUAAAAAGAAGCAGGAGAGAUUGGAUAGAUUGCGGGAUGAUCCAUACUAUAUAACUUCUGGAAAAGAGUCUGCAAAGAAGAGCAAAUUGAAAUCUAAAAAGCCACUUUUGCUCAAUGAAUCAAGCCCAGAAGUUGGCAGUGAAAAAACAUCUAUUAGCUCCUUGAAUCCUGAGAUAAAGGAGAAGAAAACCAAAGCCAAAAAGUUGAGGAAAGAAAAAGUUGUCAUUUUGUCCGAAGAAAUCCUUGAUGGCAUCGCUGAUGAGCCCGAGCAGGUGGAAGCACAGACAAUUUCAAAGAAAAAGAAAAAUGCAUUCAAGAUUGAUUCGUCUAACCUUGACAACUUUGAUAUUAGUGCGUCCGUCGCGCCCGAAGAGACUGGCGCUGGAAAGGAGUUCGAAUAUGAAAUUGAUUUGGAUGAGUUGAGGAAGAAGUUGGCUGAUUCUUCGAUCGAGAAAAAACCGAAGAAAUCAAAGAAGGAAAAAUCCAAGAAAGAGGGAAGCUCGAAGAAGGAGAAAUCAAAGUCUAAAACUACGAAAAAUCUAGGCGCACCAGGAACUACUAUAGUAGCAGUCAAAAAGCCAAAGAAAACGAAGAAAAAGAAGGCAGUUAUCAUUGAGUGA